GGGAGAUGUGUCAGCAGGAAUAAGUGCACGUCCCACCUGCCAGUAGUGGUAUAAGCCCAGGGCGUUUGUCCCAAGUGGCAUUCCCUGAUCCCAAGGGCAUCAGGACAGGAGUCAUUCCUGUUGGGUUUGUUAGUGCUUGAACACCAAGACCUUCAUCAGGUAGGAGCUUUGGUGUCUCCCCUCAGCAGCCCUGUGAAGACUGGGGACAGGCGUCAGCCAUGAAGGUCCUGUACCUGCUCUUUCCCCUCUUGCUCCUGUUGGUCCAGGGUGCUGCAGCACUGGGAAAAGAAGAGAAAUGCCUGCGAAAAAAGGGAGCCUGCUUUAUUGGGGGCUGCCGUUUCCCCUAUAAAUAUGUGGGAAAUUGUUCAGCAUUCAGUCACUGCUGCAAAUUGAUCUGGGGCUGA